AUGGAGGGGGCGCGCGCGGCGGCUUCUCCAUCGGCAAGCGCCGGAACGACCAUGAGGCAGGUGGCUUCGGGUGACGCGGUGGAGGCGGCGCGCGGCGGCGGCUUCUCCGCCCGCAAGCAUCGAAUCGACGACGAGGCCGACGGCUCUGGCUUCCGUCCUCCCGUGUCGGACAGCCAUCCAGUGGCAGCGCACGCGGAGCAGGCGUGGUGGGCAGCAAGGACCGUAGCCAAUGCCGGAGAUGCGACUGCGGCUGCGCAGCUGCCAGCGCUCUGGGCGGAGUACCAACUCCAAACCCGGCUCUCCGGCAAGCUCAUCCACGAUACGCAGCAUGGAGGGAAGCUGCUGCCCGCUGAGGUCAUCUCCAGCGACUCCGAAGACGAAGAUUUAAAGAGUAUUUUUGCCAAAGCCAGUGGCACUAGCACCUCGAGCCCAGCUCCAACUUUGGAAGUAGUCGCUGAACGACAAGAAGAGCCUGCGCAUCAAGAGAAUGUGCGGAUUGAAGUUUCAGCAUCUGUUCAAGAGGAAGAGAAUGAAGGCGAAAAUUAUAUUGAGAAUGAACCAAUAGCUAGAGACGGGGGAGAGGGCAAGUUCAUUGAGGAGUUGCAUCCUGACCACAUCCAGCCUGAUCCCGGGCUUCGUAUUCCAAUUAAUAAUUUUCAUCCCAACAUUAGAGAUGAAGUUAGAUUGGCUUAUGUGGCAAAGGGUCCAACUCGACCGGUCGGUCAUACGUACGAACGUGAUCAUUUUGACAGGGCCUUUUGUGAAGCAUGGUAUGAAAAAAAUCCUUGGUUGGAAUAUAGCGUGGAAAAGAAUGCAGUCUAUUGCUUUUAUUGUUUUCUUUUCAGACAAGAUCCGGUGGAUGAAAAAUUUGGUCAUACUACCUUCACCAAAGAUGGCUACAGUACUUGGAAGAAUGCAUACAAGGCAUUUCCUCUUCAUGUUGGUGGCCCCAGGAGUAUCCACAAUCAAUCAAGGACAGCAUAUGAAGAUUUUAAAAAUCAAAGCUCAAGUCUGAAGCGUAAGGUUACAGUCUAUAACAAAGAAUCAUUAAUCAAGUACGAGACCCGUUUGGAAACAUCUUUGGGGAUUGUAAGUUUUCUUGCAUUGCAAGGUGAACCAUUUCGUGGACACAAUGAAUCUGCCCUUUCCUUAAAUAAAGGUAAUUUUCUAGAGAUGCUUGAUUGGUACAAAGCAAGAAAGGAGGAAGUGAGAAUUGCGUUUGAUGAGCUAUGCCCAGGAAAUGCACAAAUGAUUUCUUCAAAAAUUCAAAAAGCACUUGCCAAAAGUUGUGCAGAUGGGGUCCGAAGAGCAAUAAAACAAGAGAUGGGGGAUAAUCUUUUUUCGGUUCUUAUUGAUGAAUCUCGUGAUAUAUCAGUAAAAGAACAAAUGGCCUUGGUUGUGAGGUAUAUGAGCAAGGGAGAAGUUAUUGAAAGAUUUUUGGGUAUCAAGCAUGUCAAGGAGACAACAGCAGAAGCACUAAAGAAAGCAUUGGUUGAGGUUCUUGGUAAGAAUGGGCUGCUUAUUGCAAAUUUACGAGGGCAAGGCUAG